AUGCUAGGGCUCGCCUCCGAUCAUGCUCAAGCCGUGUGGCAAAAUCUUCUCCUCGUGGCUUACGCUUCAACGAUAGCUGCAAUUCCCAUGGGCGAUGCCCUGUUGUUCAGCUUUACUGCCAAGAAGCCGCUAGCAAUUGGAGUAGCUAGGGCCGUAUUUGUCUCGUCACUGGGCGCCACCUUAACAAUGGUGAUUACGUUUGCGGUGUGGCUAACCCUAGAAAGCAUAUAUCCUCAGCUGCACAUCGACCACUUCUUUUAUCAACUAAUCGAAUCAAAGAUAAGGGAAAGAUCUUUCUACCGGAUCCUCAUGAUUUAUAUUCUCAUGGAGUCAGUCAUGAUGUGCAGUACGGCCUUGGUGGGCGGCUUUCUGGCGUCGAUCACGCCGUUUGUGGGCGAGCAAAAUCAAAACAAGACGAAGUUUUCCUUCAGCAGUCUUUUGAUGGACUUGCCAUUGGGUCUCGCUACGAUAUCGUUUGUCCAAGUCCUAACGUGGUGCAUGAUCAGAUACCUCGAUCGCUUUCGACCUGUGUCGGCAGGAAUACUCCAGGAGCAGCAAGAAAGGAUGAUGAUGAUGAUGAACAAUCAAAGCGGUAGCACCCUCAAACAAAGCCGUCGAGUAACCUUCAACACCACUUCAGAAACACUAAUUGCGCCACGAUGCUCCGAUGUUAGUCACACUUCUUCGACCGCCCCAAUCCUAGAAGAACAACCCCGUGACGAUGCGCAGUCGAUCACCCGGAUGGCCUCCUCAUCUUCAUCUACGACGUUGCUUCCCCACGACUCCAGCCACAAUUCGCAGAGCUCUUACAACAAAAACAAAGAGCCGGACAGUGUCCCGCCACAAACUACUAUCCCAAACAACUAUCCUGCCGAGCCGCCAACCCUACAGCCAAUUCUCAACUCUCCAGCUGUCGCACGUACAGCAAUGAACCGAAGGCCUUUCGGGCCUCAUCUCAAGCCCGGGAUGUACGCAAUGCCGACUUCAAAUAAUCCACAAAUCUCUCAACCCACGCCGGUAGCAAUCAAGGGAGGGAGCUCGAACAACAGAUUCACCUCGGGCGCCUUGGGUCGUUAUGCUUGGAUGAGAAGCCAAAACAGCGGACGUGGUGAUAAUCUUCCGUUGGCUCAAGAGGGGCCUCGCAGCGGUGUACUGCCCUAUUCCCGGCCUGGCGUACUUGGAAAAGCCAACAAACCAUUUGGUUCCUCACCAUACCAAAGAGUUUCGUUCAAGCCCACCAAGGAGGACGACGACCAGGAGGACCGAUCAUCGAUCGACUCGAACGAAUUCCUUAGCAUGGAGAACGCUUCGAAUGAGCAGAGUCUGGAAUCCCAGCAUUCAAGGACACACUACGCCCGGAGGAAAUCGGUUCCAGUCGAAGCCGACAUUGCCGCCAGGGGGGAGCAACAUCUUGGCCGAACUGAAUUCUUGCGGGGCGAUGAGUACACCGACUCGGGAAGCUCUGAUUCCGAAGGCCAGGUGGACGAAUGGGCUGAAACACAGUCUCAACUGGCGGAAGAGCCUUCAGAAAAGGGCCGGCGAGCGCGGUUCUUUGGCUGGUAG